CAUAAGUGCAAUAUUUCAACAUGCCAUGUCUUCCUUCCCAUACCUUCUUCCUUUGUAGUACAAAUUAGCUUAGCCUAGCUAAAUAGCAAAAGAUUGCACAAAGUUGAGAAAAAAAAGGAAGAAAAAGAGAGAAAACACAAACGAGUAAUAACUAUAUAUAUAUAUUGAUCACCAAACUGAGAAGCUGACACAAUAGCCAUGGGAGCAACCUUGAUAACGAAAUCAUGGCUUGUAUUCUCCGGAUCCUUUCUCUUCCUUAUUUUCCUCUCCUUCCUUGCAUAUAAUUACCAAAAUGACAUAACUCUUAUUUUUCCUGCCAUCAACAUCUUACCAACAACAACAAACGACCUCAGAAGCAGUACUCUUGACGUCGCCGCAGCAGCUCCUCCUGUUGUGGCGGCACAACACAUGGUGCAUCCCUUGUACUCCUCUCCUACUAAUGCAUCCCGUGUUACUAACAACACCAAAAAAGGGAAGAGCAAAUUAUUAGUGAGACUUGAAGAAGGAUUAGCUGAAGCAAGAGUGACUAUUCGCAGAGCAAUACGAAGACAGAACUACACAAAAUCAGAUGAUCAUGAUAAGGAAGAGUUUUUCGUUCCUAGAGGAUGCAUUUACAGAAACGCUUAUGCUUUUCAUCAAAGUCACAUAGAGAUGAUGAAGAGAUUCAAAGUGUGGACUUACAAAGAAGGUGAACCACCUUUGGUUCAUGAUUGGCCUUUGAGGUCAAUCUAUGGCAUUGAGGGACACUUCAUGGGUGAAAUUGACAACACAUUGAGCCCAUUUUCGGCCCGGCAUCCAGAUGAGGCCCAUGUCUUCAUGCUACCCUUGAGUGUGGCUCGUAUUGUGAAGUACCUGUACCAGCCUCUCACCACAUACUCUAGGGCUCAACUCAUGAGAGUCACAAUUGACUAUACAAGCAUCAUAGCUCGGAAGUACCCUUACUGGAAUAGGAGCAGAGGAGCAGAUCAUUUCAUAGCCUCUUGUCAUGACUGGGCACCAGAUAUCUCAAGAGAGAGUUCGGGCAAAGAGCUUUUCAAGAACAUAAUAAGAGUCUUAUGCAAUGCAAACACGUCCGAAGGAUUCGACCCCAAAAGAGACGUGCCAAUGCCUGAAAUCAACCUGCAAGGUUAUCAAUUGAGUUCACCAAUUCCUAGCCAAUUAGACCCAAAUCAUCGUCCCAUACUCGCUUUCUUCGCAGGAGGAUCUCAUGGCAAAAUCAGAGAGACCCUUCUCAACCACUGGAAGGACAAAGAUGAAGAAGUCCAAGUGCACGAGUAUCUCCCCAAAGGCCUCGAUUACCACGCGCUCAUGGCGCAAAGCAAGUUCUGCUUGUGCCCGAGUGGAUAUGAAGUGGCGAGUCCAAGAAUAGUUGAAUCCAUCAAUGCAGGGUGUGUUCCUGUGAUUGUUUCGGAUUACUAUCAACUUCCCUUUAGUGAUGUUCUUGAUUGGAGCAAGUUUUCACUGCACAUUCCGUCAGAGAGGAUAGGUGAAAUCAAGAUGAUACUGAAGAGUGUUACGCUUGCUAAGUACUUGAAAUUGCAGAGGAGGGUGAUGAAGGUUCAAAGGCAUUUUGUGCUGAAUCGACCGGCUAAACCGUUUGAUGUGGUUCAUAUGAUUCUGCAUUCUAUAUGGCUUAGAAGGCUCAAUAUCAGGAUACCCCAGUGA